GAGCGAUUCACAAACUCAGAGUUGUUUUGACCGCGUUGCCAUUUGGACGUCGCCGCAUUUUCCGCUUCUGCUCCGUCUCAAGUUCGCACCUCCAAUUUCGCGUCCUGACCGAAAAGUAAAAAAAUCGAAAACACACACCCCCAAUAAGCUCCACCCCAACCGCCGCCUUCUUGGCCAAUUGCUUAAGUUUGUCUGCAGUGAAAUUUAGUUUAGCAUUGCCAAAAAAUUUAAAAAAAAAAAGCAGAAAAAAAGAAAACCAAAUAUCUCCGUACUACAAGGCGUGUAAUUUUCUGUGUAUUUUUGCGCCUGAACCGGUGAACACCUAACCGCCAGAUCACGGAAUUCUCAUCUCAGAUCGCAUCCACACAUCCAUCCAAUCAUGGGCAAGGCAGAGUGCAUCAGCUAUGACGAGCAACAGUUGCCCUACAUCGAUCUGGGUUCGGCACAGAUCCGUAUGGAGAAGGAUGCCGCCCCAGAGUGGGCGCUGAAGAAGGCCCAAGACGAGCUGAGGGAGGUGCCCGGCGUUAAGGAGCAGGCCAUCGAGGAGCUCAGGAAACUGAUUCAGAAUGAAAAGUACCUGAAUCUGCCGCUGGAUGAUGAGUAUAUGAUGAUGUUCCUGCGUCCCACCCAUUACUAUCCAGACAGUGCCUUGAAAAGGCUCAAGAACUUCUAUCACAUGAAACUGAAGUAUGGAAUCGCUUGUGAGAACAUAAUCCCCAGCAAGUUGAGGAACGUCUUCGAGGCGAAUAUUCUGAAUUUGCUGCCCCAAAGAGAUCAGCACGGUCGUCGUCUUCUAGUCUUGGAAGCAGGCAAAAAGUGGAAACCCUCCCAAGUGCCCUUGGUGGAUCUGUUCCGUGGCAUUCAAUUAACCGUCUUGGGUUCCAUGGUGGAGCCUUACUCACAGAUUUGCGGUGCAGUUGUCAUUAUCGAUAUGGAAGGGCUGCCACUUAGCCACAUUACACAGUUUACACCGUCGUUUGCCGCCAUGUUGCUGGACUACAUCCAAGAAUGCAUCUGCAUGCGCUUGAAGGCGGUUCACAUCGUGAAUAAUUCAUAUAUUUUCAAUAUGCUAUUCGCCAUUUUCAAGCCAUUCAUUCGGGAGAAGCUGCGCAAGAGGAUCUUCUUCCAUGGCAAGGACUACAAGUCCCUGAUCUCCCACAUCGAGGCCAGUGCCUUGCCUCCCAAAUACGGUGGCUCUGCCACUUGGGAACUGCCGCCUGGCAAGCUCCUGGGAGAGUUCUUCGAGUGCUACUCCAAGGAUUACGAACUGGCUGACAGCUAUGGCUAUACUGAGGGCUACAAAAUGAAGAAGUAAAAGUACAAGAUUAAAACCCCUAACUAGCCCCUCCCCAAACUCCCCUUUUCUAUUUGUAUUUUAGUCACUUAAGUUGGGUCAUUUGUGAUAUUGCAAAUAUUGUCGUACUUUAAGUCAUAGUCUCUUUGCCCUUAAAAUUUAAGGUUCAGAUCAAAAUAUUCACAAUAAUUCGCAGGCUCAUGAUUAAAGCUCAUGAUCUAGGCAUUAAACUCGAUACCAUAUUAUGUACUAUACAUAUUCUAUAACUGUUAUUGAAAUAAUAAAGAUGAAAAAAGAUUUUGUUAAAACUUGAAA